GAUGCCUCUGACGAUGUAUCACGCUGCACCUCUUGUGACUUGUUCGUAUUUCGUCGGCCAACCAAGAAUAAAACAGUGUUCUAAUUCUACUCAGAAGUUGUCCGGAGUGAAGAUGGUGUGGGUUCUACUUUUAGUGGCCUUCCUGACCACCGGGGCGGUCCAGUGUCAGAGAUCCUCGCUGCAAGAUAGGAAAAGACUGGACCCAGAGGUCAACAUGAACAUUAGUGAGAUCAUCAGGCAUUGGGGCUACCCGGCAGAGGAGUACGACGUCGUCACAGAGGACGGCUACAUCCUGAGUGUCAACAGGAUUCCACACGGUCUAAAGAAAGGUGAAGAUCCCAAGCCUGCAGUGUUCCUCCAGCACGGUCUCCUGGCAGCGGGGAGUAACUGGGUGACCAACCUGCCCAACACCAGCCUGGCUUACCUGCUAGCCGACGCUGGCUACGACGUCUGGAUCGGCAACAGCAGGGGAAACACCUGGUCCAGGAGACACCUCACACUCAGCCCUGACCACAAUGAGUUCUGGCAGUUCAGUUAUGAUGAGAUGGCAAAGAAGGACCUGCCAGCAGUGGUCAACCACAUUCUGAAGACCACAGGCCAGGAGCAGAUCUACUAUAUAGGCCACUCUCAGGGAACCACUAUUGCUUUUGUUGCAUUCUCUUCCAUGCCUGAGCUGGCAAGCAAAAUCAAGAUGUUCUUCGGCCUGGCUCCGGUGGCAACUGUGGCUUUCACUGCCAGCCCCAUGAGCAAGCUCUCCAUCUUCCCCGAUUUCCUCAUUUGGGAUGUGUUUGGGAAGAAGGACUUCAUGCCUCAGAGUGCUCUUAUCAAGUGGUUCGCCACCAACUUCUGCAGUAAUGAACCUCUUAGUGAGCUAUGUGGAAACCUCUUCUUCGUCCUCUGUGGCUUCGAUGAGCUGAACCUCAACAUGACUCGCACACCUGUGUACACCUCCCACUGCCCAGCAGGGACCUCAGUGCAGAACAUGAUUCACUGGUCUCAGGCAGUGCAUGGUGGAAAGCUGAUGGCUUAUGACUACGGGAGAGCAGGGAACAUGGCUCACUAUAACCAGUCGACCCCCCCGCUGUACAACAUCCAGGACAUGAAGGUGCCUACAGCCCUGUGGUCCGGAGGUCACGACACCUUGGCUGACCCUAAGGACAUUGCCGUGCUGCUCACUCAGGUCCCCAACCUGGUGUACCACCGCCACAUUGAGCACUGGGAACACCUGGACUUCAUCUGGGGUCUGGAUGCCCCCCAGGAGAUGUACAGUGAGAUAAUCAAACUGAUGGGCCAGCAGGACUUGGUGUGAACAGUGGAUAGACAGGGAGAAAUAUGGCUAGUUUUAGCCUCAGCUCUCAGCACACUAGCUGAAGAGAUUAAUACUGUAUCUGAAACAUAUUGGGAGACAUAUCGCAGUGCCUGGGUGCGAGUGUGUGUACAAAUGUUUGUGCACUUUGUGUUUGUGACUAUAAGCAUGUGUAGGAGUGAGUUCGCAUGUGUGUUUGAGUAAGCCAUGCACUCAAGGAGUACUAAUCAUUUACCUCUAAAUUGGGAUAGUGAGGAAAACAAGCUGUGAGUUUAAGAUUCAGUGUUGUGAGGAAUCAUCUAUUUUGUGUUUUUAUUGCCACCGUCCUCUUCCAGAACUCUCAAAUGGAUUUUAGAUGUGUAUUUUAAGAAUGCCCCAGGGGCCUCAUGUAACAAUCUUGCGUACGCACGAAAACACGGCGUACGCCAGCUUUCACGUUCACGGUCAGAUGUACUAACAGUGAAAUUAACGUAAGAAUGUGCGUUCUUCCACGUAAACUUCAGGCCUGGCGUACGUACAUUUUUGUGAUGUUUGUCCGUUGGCGACUCAUAGAGGCAAUAAAGUGAAGUGGCAAACAUUACACUACGAACUGUUCUAUCGCACCUGCCAGAUAUUGCUUAUAAUUUGUAAUUGAUAAAUGAUUUGCCAUAU